AUGCAUUCCAAGACCUUGGCUCUGCUGUGCCUCUCGGCCUCUGUCCUGGCCACUGCGGAGCUGGAGAAGAAACAGUAUGGGGACUCAUAUGGCAGCGGCUCGGAUGACUACUACAACAGUCUCAUGAGUGACCUCAACAGUCUGGCCACCGAUACCGAAUACCUUAACUAUCUGACCGACUUGCCGACCGACUACUUGUCGGACUACAGCGACUUACCUACCGACUACCUGACCGAUUACAGCCAAUACCUGACUGACUUGCCCAGCGCAACCAACACGCUGCACGCGGGCGGCCCGGACGAGACUACUGGCACCGGCGGCUUCGACAUGCCUUCCAUGACCUCCUCUCCCGACAUCCCCAACUUCAGCGGCGACGUGCCCCCGGCAUCCAUCGAGUCGGUUCUCAUCACCGCCGUGCCGGCGUCCUACCUGUCACAGUUGGCCAUCCCGUCUGCGCGAUCGUCCAUCUUCAGCGAGAUUGCCAAUGGUCACUACCCCCAAUGGUACGAGGAUCUCCCCAGCAGUGUCAAGAGCUGGGUGUCGGAGCACUAUGAACCCACUGGAUUGGGGGAGCACGCGGGUGGCCCCAACUCGGCGCCUUCGUCGGGCGUUGUGGCGUCGGGUCUGCUGGCUGCGGCGGGUGUGUUUGCCCUGGCGGUGUUGCUGUGA